AUGGACACCCCAAAGGUGCCUGCGCCGAGGGACCAGGGCGAGAGGGAAAUACUGAGUAAUCUCGUCGGCAUUCGCGACGAACUCCUGCUGCGCAAGAUGGACCGCACAACCUAUGUUCGGUCGCAAGAUGUUCUUGGGCUGUACGACCGGACGGUGGCUGAAGUAAAGAAACUCAACGAGAUCCGCAAGGAGAAACCUCCGGCUGAGGAAAACCAAGUGGACAGAGUCGUGGAUAGCUGCUUCCAGCUGUUCUCUUUGUUCUUUAUGACGAUCGGCCGCAACAACGAAGUGCCAGUUGCGUACGCCUUGACAUCAACCAUCAUCCGCCUGCUCGACCACCUGACCGAGGCCGAACGCUUCACGAGUAAGGAUCUUGAAAGCCUGUCGCACACCCUCGAUCGAGUCACCGACAUCGUACAACAGGGCUCGGCCGAGCCGUUUGUGGAGGACAUGAUCAUGAGCCGCAUCCAAAGAUGUCGCGCAUCUCUGAGGAAUCUGCGAAGCAAGCUCGACGAGCUCGAUCCCACGCUGCGACCGGUAGCCGACGAGCUUGUCCAGAUACUUAGGCAAAUGGCCGUGGUUGCGACAAGGAAGCAAUUCUCACCCAAGGAGCUUCAGAAAAUCAAGGCCCAGGUGCAGGAGAUUGGAGCAAAGCGUGUUGAUGGCCAGUUCUUGGGCGAAGACGGGAAGCCACUGGAAGGGAGUCAAAAGAUCUCCGAAUUCCUCGAGCGCAUGGUCAUAUACAUUGACGAUGCUUUGGAAAGACAAGGCGUCAUCCCCGACAAGUGGCGCCCGAUAUACGAUGUUCUGAUCGGUAUUCGGAACGAGCUCGACAAGCUAUCACUCACGCAAGCAUGGUCCCUUCGUGAGACAGAUCUCUAUGAUUUCCAGCGACAACUGGACAAGAUUGAUGAGGCCCGGGUCGAUGGAAACUGGUUGGACGACCAAGGACGGCCAGCAGAGCCUCACGUCCACAAGACACUUUUAUACUUGAUCCGAAGAUCAUAUGGCUAUAUUUACCACCUUAUGAUCACAUCUGAGCCAGUAUCCGAGGCACUCCUGCCAGUGUACAAUCAACUACAGACCUUGAAGCGUUGUCUAAUUGAGGUCAAGAAGAGUGGUGGUGUCGCGUCCGUGCGAGAGCUGUAUCCAUACAGCAUGAAGCUCAACUCGAUCGACAACAUGCGGGUGGAUGGCAAGUUCAUGGUGGGUGACGACAUUCCCGAGGGCCAGGGCGCCGUGACGGAGCUCCUGUCGGAAUGCUUUGAGCUCAACUACGAGCUGCGGGUCGCUGUGGACUCGGAGCAGCAAUCAAACAAGGGGGAGUCAUGA